AUGCUAGGGAUAAGAUCUUCUUUAACGUUAAUACCGAAAUUACCAGUGAGGCAAUUUGGUCUAAUAAAUACCCCUUUGAAGUCUCAGACUCUUAGAAAAUUUAUACAUACAAAAAACACCAACGUUGGGAUACGAUCCAUCAGAAAUGAACUGAUAUUCAAGAGACGAUUUAUGAAUACUAGCGUGAAACACCCUAAGUGGGACAACAACAUCUUUUACGCAGACAGUUCUGAUAGAUAUACUCGUUUGAAUAGAUUUCAACAAUUUAAUAAUAGUGGAAGUAAUGGGAAGGAUAAUUCGGUGAGAAAUGCUACUAUUGUUGGACUUGCAUCGAUGGUAGGUAUCUAUUUUGGUUCGCCAUAUUUAUUUGAUUACGUUCCAGUCUUCUCGUAUUUCAAGACACAUCCAAAGAGUUUUGUCUAUGCAUUAUUGGGAGCAAACUUUGCAGUGUAUGGUUUAUGGCAGUUACCAAGAUGUUGGGGUUUUAUGCAACGUUAUAUGUUACUUCAGAAAUCUAGAAUUCCAAGUUAUUGGUCCAUUAUUGGGAGUGCUUUUUCACAUCAAGAAUUUUGGCAUUUAGGUAUGAACAUGUUGGCUUUAUGGUCAUUUGGUACAUCCAUUGCCACUAUGCUUGGAACUGCAAACUUCUUUUCGUUAUAUAUGAAUAGUGCUAUAGCAGGAUCUUUGUUUUCUCUAUGGUAUCCACGCAUCGCAAGAAUGGCAUUGAUGGGCCCUAGUCUUGGUGCUAGUGGUGCUCUGUUCGGUGUAUUAGGCUGUUUCUCCUAUUUGGUUCCGCAAGCUCAAAUUCUUUUGUUUGUGUUCCCAAUACCUGGUGGUGCAUGGAUUGCAUUCUUGGGGUCUGUUGCAUGGAAUGCAGCAGGUUGUGCUUUAAGAUGGGGGUCCUUUGAUUAUGCAGCACAUCUUGGAGGAUCUGCAAUUGGUGUUUUAUAUGGGUGGUAUAUCAGUAAUCAAGUAGAAAAAAGAAGGCAAGAGAGAUUUGAAAGAGAGACCAGAUGGCUAAGGUAA